AUGGAGCUUGAGGUGGUCCGAGUGUUGGACAAUGAGCAGGGGCAGCAGGAGCAGGGGCAGCGGCGGGGUGGAUGGCAGCGGCUUAAAUUAGCAUUGAACAGCCAACAAAAAAACCACAUUGCGCAGUUUCUUCUACAGCGAAGUAAGGCUGGAGUGCUGCCAAGAGGUUCUUUUACAGAGGCAGCCAAAAGAUUCAACAUCCAUAAAAGGACAGCACAGAGAAUUUGGCAGAUCAGCAAGGAGCAAAUAGACAGAGGGGAACCUGUCAUGAUGCAAGGCAAAGCAACAUGUUAUCAACACAAAUAUAAACUCAUGCUAGAUGAAGACAAGUUUAGAAACCUGUCCAUGCUUGAGAGAUCAACCAUAAGGAAGGUUGCUUCUAAGAUGGAAGUAAGCAAGACAACAAUUGGUAGAUUUCUUAAGAGUAAUCAGUCGAAACCUCAUCCAAGUGUUGUCAAGCCUACACUGACUGAAACCAACAAAAUUACAAGGAUGAAAUGGUGUCUUGCUCAUAUUCAGCCAACACAAGUUGAAGAUGUUUCAUACAGGUCCUGUAAGUCUAAGAGAUUCAUCACUAAAGUGAUGUUCAUGGCUGCUGUCAGUAGGCCACUUUGUGGGCCUGAUGGGGAAAUCAUAUUCGAUGGUAAAAUAGGCUUAUUCCCAUUCACAGACCAAGUACCAGCCAAAAGAAGUUCAAAGAACAGGCCAAAAGGGACAAUUGAGACAAAGCCUAUUCAAUCCAUUGCCAAGGAAGUCAUGACAGCUUGUCUCCUAAAACAGAUUAUACCAACAAUCAAGGCCAAAUGGCCAGCCAAUGCAAGCAAGAAGAUUUUCAUCCAGCAAGAUAAUGUCAAACCUCACCUAAGAGUUGUUGACCAACAGUUUGAGUCACUUGCUAGUACUGAUGGGUUUGAGUUCCAUCUAAUUAGCCAACCACCCAACUCCCCAGACACAAAUGUGUUAGACCUUGGGUAUUUCAGGGCAAUACAAUCACUUCAAAAUGACAAGAUAGCCACAUGUUUAGAUGACUUGCUGAGGAAUGUGUUUACCUCAUUUGAAGAACUCUCACCACAAACUCUCAAUAGAGUGAGUAUUCAUCACAUUGCAAAGCUGUUUGACAGCAAUAUUAGAAGUGCAUGGGAAGAAUGGCUACAAGAUCCCUCAUUUAAACAAGGACAGAGUGCACAGAACAGAGGGGCUGCCUUUACAACUUCAGGUUGA